AUGUUUCCUGAAGGCAUAUCGGAACCCAAAAAAUUUGGGAAGGAAAUUCAUAGAAAUGAAAAGUCAUUGCUGCCCUUGAACUCUAGUUUGUUCAAAUUCAAUUCAAAAGUCUGGUUCCACAAGAAGUCAAAGGCUGGUGGUGUUUUAGCUGCGCCUGAAACAAGUAAAAAUUCCAUCGCAGUAAAAUUUGAAUGAAA